GUCCUCAGGCAUCAAUCAAGGUCUCUCCCGCCGUCGCAUUAUUCUUCAACACCUGCGUUGUCUCUGCAGCAUCUGCUAGCUUGCUGCUUUUGUGCUUUUGUCCUUAUCUCAUCCCCGCUACUCUGUCCUGUUGGACUCGAUUUUCCGCACCUCCCCCACCUACAUUCUGCUAGUCCAGCAACCUAUACGUUAGCGCCCUUGCGAACCUCCUCCCCCUCCCUUCGUGAACCACCACUUCCGGCGGUUUAUUGAAGACGUCUGGGGAAUUAUAGUGUUGAGAGUGGCCGUAUCACUUCAGGAACCCCUGCGCGCAACGCCGUCCAUCAUGCUGGACGAGCUAGAUAAUGUUUUCGACGACCAUCCGUCUAUGGAUGCGUCGCUCGAGGACAUUGAGAACACAAGUAAUCGCCACCGCUCACCAGUAUUUGGUCUCCCAUCACAACACUCAGGUUUUAGGUCGGAAGAAUCGGACUGCGAGGAUGAAGAUACAACACCCGUCGAUGAACGCUGGUCGCCGCCCGGCUUUGGAAGAAGGUAUGAUUUUGUCCCAUAUAGCGGGUGGUAUAGACACCAGCCCUAUACGCGCAAGAUCGACCACGAGCGAUUCGGGCUGAAACCAACCGUGGGAGUUAGUCCAACACAGUCGCGCGAAGCCAGUCCGCAGUAUGAAGAUGCGCCAGAGGCUCCCGCAGUAGGACGCCGUGCCGUUUCCACCGAGACGGGGGACGUCAUCGUUGCCGCCAACGUACCGUUACCGCCAGAAGCAGAUUCACCACUGAAGGGCCGGUCGCCCAGUCCAGUGCGAAUGCCUUUACGGCCGAUCCCUGACGCCGAGACUGUGGACUUCAAGCCCGAAAAUAACAUAAGCAAUUAUAUCCGGUUCGCUGUGCGCGCAGAAGUUCAGCACCGGGAACCGUUCGUCGCAUUCUUUACUUACCUGCGCUCUAAGUUCGAUCGCAUCACCAGCUCCAAGUCCAAUACCACCCUAUCCGUCCUGAUUGCCCUGCUGUCUAUCGCUUUCUUGCGCACAUUAUUCAUGCCGAGUAUCCCAUCAGCAAUUCCAGACCUGGUCAAACUGUCGGGCUUUGCGCGCUCUUUCGAGCCGCUUAUAUAUUACUCCGAAAAUGGUGUGCAGCAGAUUGGAACAUUACAAGAGACUGGCGUGGCUGUCUGGGAUCUCAGCGAAUCGGUGCGCGGGACCAAUAUGACAAGUGCACCCAUCAUCGUCCGCCAGCUCGACGAGCUGUCGGAAUCGCUCAAGUCGCUUUCGCUAGAAUUAACCCGUUUUUUUGCCAACGUCGACUCGGACGUCGACUCGAUCCUGUUGGUUAUGGACUGGGCCAAGCGCGAGCUGGAAACAUUAUCAUCACAACCGCCAAGUAGUUUACCGUCCAUUGUCCUUGAUAACGUGCAAGACCUCCUGUCGCGACUGGGCACUCUCGAGAGAGUCGCAGGAUCCAGCGGUGAUGGUACCACCGAGCUCACCACCACCCCUACUACAUUUGGAACCAUUGUGACAGCCCUAUUCGGCCAAACCUCGGCGCAGCGCACUCGCGCAACCCUCACACGGACCUUCACCGAAUUCCUUUCUGUGUUGGAGGAGUCCAUCAACAGCGAACUCACCCAUUCGACGGCACUGUUUGCGCUGUUCGAGUCCAUCGACCGCCAGUUCCUCAAUCUGCAGCGCACAGUCGUCCGCGAAUCCGAUGCCCAGGAACGGGCCGAGGGUGAAAUGCUCAGCUCCCUUUGGACCCGAGUCCUUGGGCCCGACGCCGCCGUUGUGCGCAAGUAUGAAAAGAACAAGCGACUCUUAGCAAACGUCCGCAGUCGCACCGUCUUUAACAAGCACCUCCUCAUGGACCACCGCGGUCGCCUUUUGACACUCAAAGUAAACCUAGAAACACUGCGGCGCAAACUUGUCAGUCCACUUGUCCGGCGUAACGAUUCCGUUAGCUUUGCUGGCGCCGUGGACCCGGGGAGCAGUGGCGGCCGAACACUUGGCCCUGUAGAGGCAGUGAUUGAAGGCCAAAUCAAGGGUCUGGAGGGGACAUACGAUUAUCUUCGUUCUGUGAGGGAGAAGCAAAAAGCUAAGCUUAUGGAGAUGGUGUAUGGGGCUGGUCGCAAACUGCCGUCGUCGACUUCGCUGCUUGCCGAUGGAUCUGAGGAAGGUGACAUGAUAGAUGGUGCAUGA